UCUUAUUGCCAUCAAAGCGAGCAGCCCUCAAUACUAAUUAUAUUCUUUGUUAUCAAACACCACACCCUCCUCUUGCUCACAUCUUCUGCAACCCAGCACCCAGUGGUCUGUCUUUUUGCAGACCUCUGUUGGAUGCUGCUGCUGCUUUGCAUUCAUUUCCUUGCUUGAGGUAAUCGGAGAAGAUUGUGAUUCCUGUUGUUUGAUCAUCAUCUUUCAGUGUGUAUAUAUAUUUAUAUCCUGGCGAUGUCAUCUUUUAGCAAGAGCCUUCGCUUAUCUUCUUCAUCUCUCGAAGAAGAGAACUUGAUGCUCCCAAAGAGGCAGGGCAUAGUUUCCAUUCUUGGGUCUGAUGUUGAAAGAACCAAGUCUGCUGCAGCUUCUCUAAGGAGAACUCUCUCCGCUGAUAUGUCCUCCAAGAAAUGGCAGGCACAACAUGGGUUCUAUCCCCUCAAGAAAAUUGCAUCGUCUGACCAUUUCCCAGCCUGUAAUAUCACAGACUCUUCAUCUUCAGAAGAUGAGGAUUAUGAAGACAGGCCUAAAGGGACUGAAGCUCAAGGGCAAUUUGAUAUCUGGAGCUCAAUUCAAGAAGACAAGAACAAGAAAGAGGUUGAAAAGCCAGGGCAAUUUGAUGUGUGGAGCUCAAUCUUAUCACAGAAGACAAAAGAGGACUCCAAGAAUGUUCAACCUUAUGUCCACCCUCUUGUUAAGAGAUCAGCAAGUUCUUUAAGCAAGAAGAGCCUUGAGAUAUGCACUGAAAGUCUUGGAUCAGAAACUGGUUCUGAUGGGUUCUCGUCAUAUCCACCAUCAGAGACUGGUGAUGCAGAGGAGGACAAAGAAGAAGAGCAAAGACAAGAGAGAGUGACACUAAAGUUUGACACGGAGGAUUUGCGAGUAGCCAAGUAUAAUCUUGCAGCAGCAAAUUGCAAGAAAUCUCAACCAAGAUCAUUCCCGCCUCCAAUCCCUUCACUAUCUAGCCGUGAUGGGGCUUCUGUACUCAUGAAGUCUCGUCGCGAUAAUGGUAGAUUGGUUCUUGAAGCUGUUUCUGUUCCUUCACAGAAAAACUUCCAUGCUCAGCGCCAAGACGGUCGCCUUGUGCUCACCUUUGCCAAUACUGUAGAUCAAGACGAAGAAGAGAGACAAAAGAAUGAAGAAAUGAAUGUUAUGGAACAGUUUGAUGUCGAGAUUGAGAAUUCUGAAGAUGAAAAGGAGUGUGAAGAAGAUGAAGAGGAAGUGGAAGAAGAAAUAGAGGAAGAUGUGGUGGAGGAUGGCGAGAACGAGAGAGGAGGAGACAAGGAGGCGAGGUUUGUGAUGGAGGAAGCACCAAAACUGUCAAGUGGGGUCAUAAGUGUGCAUAGGCUAGCGCUCAUGAUGAACAAGUCCUUGGUGUUCGCAAAUAGAAACCCAACAUGGCCUAACAAGUUCAAUGACAUUUCCAAAUUUGGUGAGGUGGAGCCAAUCACCUCCCUGACACAAUCACUCCCACCGCGGCCCCCGGUGGCUCGGAUGAUACCAUCUCCACCAGCAGCUACCAUGGCAACCACCGAAGUCACAGCAAAGGCAGCUGCGUCUUUUAAUGCUUGUGAGUACUUUUGGAAGCCAAAGUCCAUGACAACAACAACAACAUCAGUUCUUAACCCAAUUAGCCAAAAACAAGCAUCGUCAUUAGGAAUCCAUGACAACAAAUUGGCCCUUUCGAAGAAGUUUGUUCCAAAUGAACAGCAGGAAUUGGUGGUAUUGAGAGGGAACAAGGGAGAUUACUUAGUUCCUUUGUUAAAGAGUUGCAAGGAGCCAAGGAAGUCACUAUUGUUUUGGGAGCCCCAUUGCAUUGCCACCUCCUGAUGGUCCAUCCUCAUAAUCCAAGAGUUAAUCCCAAUCCCCAAAUGCAAAUCCCAGUCUACUAUUACUAUAAUUAUCACUUUAUAGAUGUAUUAUUCCAUGAUGUCCCUCUGUCUCCCUAUUUUUCACUUCCACUUCUUGAGGGGAGGUGUUGUGUAGUCAAAUAAAGCGUACUCAAGGGAGACAGAAUAUAUACUUUGAUUUAGCAGAUCAAAGAGAAACAAAAGAAGAGAUGACUUGACAGUGUUGUUAUACAACCUUUUUUUAUCAGCCUGUGCUGUUAAUAGUUGAACAAAAUCUUAGCAUCAUCUUUGACCUUGGUGGACUGUCUUGUCUGUCUCUAAUAAAUCACGGUGGGUGGUCUCUCUUUUAUUUCA